CUGAUUGUAAGAUCGCAUAGCGUAAAGGAACUCACAUAACAGGAGAUAGGGCGGACAAAGAAGAUGAAUAUUUCUGCGCAGUUUUUACUUUGUGCUUUCUUUGUAUUGGGCAAUCCCAUCAGCGGGAUAGAUGAAAAACAAAAACAAAAAAAACAGGAAAUUGGAAAACAAGCAAAUGGUGAGCUUGGUACAACAGGGUUGUGCAGUCCAGUAUUUUUGGGAAUUUGUAAUCAAGGGAUGGCAAAUAUUAAGCUUGAAGAUGAAUAUUCGAUUACGAAUUGCCAACAGUAUCAAGAAAACCACGACUGUUUGAAAAUAAUACAACCUUCAUGCGAUAAGAAAACAAAAGAAUCUGUAGACAUGACAUUGUCAUCAAUAGAAACUAAACUCUACGGAUGUGAGACAAAUCGACUUAAGGUGAAGUAUAUCCACCACAAGAUGUCCAAUACAACUCUCCCUAAUGAGGUCAACUUGACCGUCGUCACGGUUGAGGGCCAGUUUACCUUGAAUUUAAAACCUGACCUUGACAUUGACUACGACAUUCCCGUAGUGACCAUCAACGUGGAUAAGAACGGGACAAUCACCACCAACCAGGAGCAUGUUAUAGACAUACAGUCGACAGCGUAUUAUCAGGAUUCAGCAUUCAUCGCGGUCGUACAAGUCACUAAAACAACAGAGCCUAACAAUGGCCCAGAGCUGGAAACAAACGUCAACGAGUCGCAUUCGAGCCUUCACAACAUCGACAAGAGAAGCAUCAACGUGUACUUCAUCGACGUCGUCGUCUUCGUUGACUACUCGGCUUACGAGAGGUUUCUCAACGCUAAGGGCAACAAGACCAGCGCAAUCAGAGAACUGUUUGCUUACUACGCCUUCUACUUCCAUGAUGUCGACAGCUUGUACAAGGAGAUGAAUAUCCCUGAGUUUAUCAUCCGCAUAAAUGUCAUCAAAAUAGUUGUUGCUGAGACACCAGAGGCGGCGCCUUUCUCUGAAGACAACCGCAUCCGUCGUGUCCACGGCAUUAGAGACCAAGUCUCCACAGAUCUGCUGCUCAAAGACUUCAGGGGUUACGUCUACGGGAAGUACAACCAGACGAUUGGGGAACACGACCACGUCAUGUUGAAUGAUUAUUUUAAACACUACGUCAUGCACGGUUAUCACGUGACAGGGAUCGCCUAUGUGCAGAGUAUGUGUCGUGACGUGGAGCUAAGUGUGUCGGUGCUAGAGGACUGGGGUGGACAUCAGACCAUCAGGGCGGCUGUCCAUGAGCUUGGACACAGCCUGUCUGCGCGGCACGACAAAGACGUCAAAGGUUGCCUAGCAACCGACAACUACAUCAUGACCCCCGUCCUGUCGCUGGUGGACAGCAUGAAGUUUGGAACCAACCCCUGGCGGUUCUCAAGUUGUUCCAUCAAAGAGAUCAAGUCUUACAUCGACGCCUUGCUACAAACUGAAGUCGGCAAAGAAUGUCUAACAAACAAACUUCCCUCCAAACACAAAAUGCCUGACGUCAGCCACCUUCUGUUGGGACAAAUCCUUCCAUUAGAGACCCAGUGCAAAGUCCUGUACGGGAACGAUUCCUUCUUCUGUAGUGUGCUGUACGACGACAACGAGGCUGUGUGUAAGUUCAUCUACUGCUCCAACCCACAGCGACCAGAGAGCUGCUACAGGAACGAGGUGGCCACUGGGACCACGUGUGGCAAUAAGAAGGUGUGCUUAUACGGACAGUGCGUCUAUCACCCUAAGGCCCCAACUGCUGAUGAGGACUGUUUAUUCGGCGAGCAACAACUGGAAUUCACAGAACACCGGAUGUCAUGCAAGGAGUACGCGGCCUCCAAGAAAAUGUUGUGUUACGACAGGUCGUUCGCCAGGAGUUGCUGCAUCACCUGCAGACAGCUAGCCACUGGACCACCAGGGUGUGAGUAUGGCGACAAGAAGAUUGGCUGCUCGGCCUUCUACUGUCUUUAUGGAGGAAAGUACCUAGACGACUGUUGUAAGACGUGUAACAGCACGGUCAAAGCAACUACCCGCUCGACCACUGAAGUUACGGAAGUCAAGAGUACCUCAAUUACAGCCUGUGCAGACAACCACACUUUCUGCAGGGACAAGGUUCGAAUCUCACCAAAUCUCUGUUACAACAGCACGAUGCUACACUUCUGCUGUGUGACCUGUUCACAUUUCCACACAGGAGAACCAGGUUGUGAGUACGGUGACAAGGUGUUAGGGUGUAUGGACCAGUUCUGUGAGUUCCAGAAAGGACUGUCCAGGGACUGUUCUGAGGCAACUCAACCCCCGGUCCUGUCAACCCAUCAACCACCGACUCCGUCCACCGUUGACCCCGCGGGUCAGUCAACCUUUCAACCCGCGGGUCAGCCAACCCUUCAACCCCCGGCCAUAGAGACAUCAGUGUCGUCACUUUAUCCUGACCAGACCGCUAGACAUCCUGAUGUUAAGGCUUCUCAACCAGAAGGCGCAUGUGUGGAUAAAGGUGACAGCUGCCUAGCAAGGGUUCGAAUCUCGCCGAGUGUGUGCUACAACAGCACUGUACGUCACACCUGUUGCCGCUCCUGUGCCCAGGUUGUCACUGGCAACCCAGGUUGUGAGUACGGCGAUCAUGUGCCAGAAGUCUGCACGCUCUUGACGUCCUGUGCUGGUCUGUCAGACGUCUGCUGUGCCACAUGUUCGUCCGGCUCGCGUCAACACCCCGGCUUGCUGACCUGCGUAGUUUACCUGGCCAUGCUGUCCGUUGCUGCCCUGCUGUCCGUUGCUGUCCUGCUACGUUGA